CCGGUUGCCCACCCAUAGUUAUUUUGGAGGUUUUGCCAGCAAUUUCCUAAAACCCUAAUUCGCCGCAACUCAGCUCCUUCUUUUCUUCCUCUUGAAUUUAUUUCAGCAGUCGGUUUAAAAUCUUCUCUCUGUUAUACUUGUACUUGUGCUUCACUUUGUUGAAAUUUGUAGAAUUGGUUAAGGAUGGCAGAAGAGGAGUCAAAGCCGAUGGCAUUUAUAUCAGAGAUUGUACUAAAGAAAAGGAAACAUAAAGAAGAAUCAUUAGCAUUAACAAGAAAAACCCAGUUGGAAUCUGGCAAAUCUCGAGGGCAGAAAAGAAAAUUUGACGAUAUCAAAAGGCCUGAGCAAUUUAUCAAGGACUUCAGAGACAAGGAAUUGGACUUCAUUCAAAUGAAACAGAGGGCAAAGAAGCCAAAAUCAGCAUCUCUGACACCAAAAUCGAAGCUUAUGUUCAUUGUUCGCAUACCAGGCAAAAAUGCUAUGCAUCCAAGAACAAGAAAGAUUCUAUACAACCUGAAAUUACUGAGAAAUUUUCAUGGUGUUUUCGUAAAGGCAAGUGCUGGAUUAUUAGAAAAGUUGCAAAGGGUGGAGCCAUAUGUUACAUUUGGAUAUCCAAACCUUAAGAAUGUGACUGAGCUAAUUCGCAAGAAGGGUUAUGGAAUGCUAAACAAUCAGAGAGUUCCUCUGAUAGACAACAACAUUGUUGAACAGGCACUAGGGAAGUUUGGCAUCUUAUGUUUAGAAGACAUCAUACAUGAAAUUGCUAAUGUUGGUCCACAUUUCAAGGAUGUCAAUAGUUUUUUGGGGCCAUUUGCUCUCAGCAAACCAAAGGGAGGAUUGCAAGGGAAGAAAGCCUUAUUCAAGGAUGGAGGAGACACUGGAAAUCGUGAGGACAAAAUAAAUGAUUUGAUUGAUAAGAUGAACUAAUGUUGAGAAAUGAAAUCUCUGAUGCCAAGCAAGCGAAGUAUACCUAACAUGUUGUCGAGGGAUGUAUAACAGUUUUAAGAUACUGCGAGUUGGAUUUUGCUUCCAGUAUAAUUAAUCAAGUUCUUUUUUGGUUUA